AUGGCAAGUCUAUUUCGUAAUUCUCGAUCUAUUAUUACACGAUUUUCUUGCAUUCGUCGUACUGCAGCAACAACAGGUGCUGGUACACAAGUAAAAACAUCUGGUGCUUCGACAACUCUUUCGCAAGCAUCACGUUCUGGUAAUGACGUUAAUAUGGCGGUACGAGAUGCUCGACAACGAUUAACCCCAACUGACCCAAUUAAGCCAAGACCUGCAGGCGAAUCACCUCUCAUGUAA